CCUUUCUCCUCCUCUCCCCCGACAACAUGGCCGCGAAGUCGGACGGCGGCGGCGGCCCGGCCGUGCUGCUGGAGAGCCCGGGGGGCGGCGGCGGCGGGCGGCGGGAGGGGAGCGCGGCCCCCCCGGCGCGGCGGUACCGGCUGCGGGACGGGUGCUGGGUGCUCUGCGCCCUCCUCGUCUGCUUCGCGGACGGUGCCUCGGACCUGUGGCUGGCGGCCCAUUACUACGUGCGGGGUCAGCGGUGGUGGUUCGGGCUGACGCUGCUCUUCGUGCUGCUGCCCUCGCUCGUGGUGCAGCUCCUCAGCUUCAGGUGGUUCGUCUACGACUUCGCCGCCGGCAGCACCAAGGACAGCGCCGGCAGCACCAAGGACAGCGCCCGCGGCCCCCGCGGCUGCUGCCGCCUCUGCGUCUGGGUGCUGCAGGGCCUCAUCCACCUCCUGCAGCUGGGGCAGGUCUGGAGGUACCUCCGCACGCUGUACCUGGGGCUGCAGAGCCGGUGGCAGGCCGAGCACCGUCGGCGGCACUUCUACUGGCGCAUGAUGUUUGAGAGCGCGGACAUCAGCAUGCUGCGGCUGCUCGAGACCUUCCUGAAGAGCGCGCCCCAGCUCGUGCUGCAGCUCAGCAUCAUGGUGCAGCAGAACAGCAUCGAGCCCCUGCAGGGGUUCUCGGCCUCGGCCUCGCUGGUGUCCCUGGCUUGGAUGAUCGCCUCCUACCAGAAGGUGCUGCGGGACUCGCGGGAGGACAAGAUGCCCAUGUCCUACAAGGGGGCCGUGGUGCAGAUCCUGUGGCACCUCUUCACCAUCGCCGCCCGUGCCAUCGCCUUCGCCCUCUUCGCCUCCGUGUUCCAGCUCUACUUCGGCAUCUUCAUCGUCACCCACUGGUGCAUCAUGACCUUCUGGAUCAUCCAGGGCGAGACGGACUUCUGCAUGUCCAAGUGGGAGGAGAUCAUCUACAACAUGGUGGUGGGCAUCAUCUACAUCUUCUGCUGGUUCAACGUCAAGGAGGGCCGGAGCCGCUACCGAAUGUGCAUCUACUACGUCAUCACGCUGUCGGAGAACGCCGCCCUCACCAUCCUCUGGUUCCUCUACUACGACCGCGAGACCACCUCCGACUUCGACGCCUUAAUCCUCGUCUGCGUGGUCAGCUCCAGCUUCGCCCUCGGCAUCUUCUUCAUGUUCAUCUACUACUGCCUCUUGCACCCCAACGGCCCCAUCUUCAGCUCCAGCGGCGGGGGGUGCAUUUUCCGGCAGCAGCCGGCCCCGGUGCCGGGGUCCCCCGUGGACGCGGUCACCAGCCCGCCCCGCUCGCUGCCGCGGACUACAGGGGGGGAGCGGGACGGGGCGCCGGGGGAGCGGGACAGUUGUGUGCCCGUCUUCCAGGUGAGACCCUGCGCGCCGCCGGCGCCGGCCGCCCGCGCCCCGCGGACAGAGGGGCCCGUCAUCCGCAUUGACCUGCCCAGGAAGAAGUACCCGGCCUGGGACGCCCACUUCAUCGACCGGCGCCUGCGGAAAACCAUCCUGGCGCUGGAGUACGCCUCGCCCAGCACCCCGCGCCUGCAGUACCGCACCCCCGGCGCCCCCCAGGAGGUGCUGGAGUACGAGACCACCGUGUAGGGCGGGGGGGCGCGGGGCCACGGCGGGGUCCUCCGGUGCCAUCCCGAGCACCCCGCGGCUCCGCAGCCGUUUGCCUUUCUGUUGGGUUUGCGGGCGCUGCCGAGCGGGAAGGGGCCGGGGGGGUCUCUUGGUGCUAUCCCCGCCCCGCGCCGCCCUCCCGCAGCCGAGACCCCAGUUCCACCCCAUGGCUCCCCCCCGCCCGGGGCUCGUCCUUGCCAAAUACCUCACCGGUGCCUGAGCCCGAGGCGGGGGUGCUGCGGCCCCGCGGUGCUCAGCAGUUUCCAUGGUGCAGGAUGGGGGCCUGGGGCACCCCGGGCUGGGGGCCGGCAGCUGUGAGGGGCUUGGGGCACGGAGGGGCACAGUGUGACCCGGGCGGGCAGCAGGUGGGGACACGGGUGCCUGUGUCACAGCAGCGCCAUGGGGCUGGAGUGUGGCUGAACCGGGGUGUGUGUGGGGCUCCUC